GUAGUUAAGCACAUUAUUUCCGUCAGUAGAAAAAGGCGAUAAUUUUUAAAAUGUAGGUGCAAAGGGUUGUCCUUCCAUAGAAGAUUUGAAUUUCGCGCCUUUUUCUACUGAAAAACUGGGUUUGCCAGAGUAUAAUUUGGCCAGGGACUAUCUCAUUUCAAACAGACAAAAAUAAUCAUACUAACUUUUUCUUGCGCUAGUAGUAGCACCCAAAAGACAAGGAUGACUAUAGUUUUUUUGUUCUUAUAAGCUGAGUUUGCCAGACUAUAUUUUGUCAAGGUAUACAACAUUUCUAAAAUAAGUAUAAGCAUCUACAGUGCAGUAACAAAACGCAACGUCACAAUGACGUUGUCAAGAGUGAUUGUGUCAGUCGGCUGACACUUUCGCUUCUGUUCACAUUAUCAUUUCAUUCCUGUUUCUUAAAAUUAGACCUUAAAAUGUUGGGACAAAGUUUAUAAUUAAAAAAAUAGCUCAAUAAAAGAUUAUCUUUGAAAGCGUCACCACCAUCAACGAAAUAAACUUAGAUUAGAAAUUAAAAUUGUAUUGUUGAUACGAGACGUGUCAAUCUAGUGCUGUUACGGCGAUAAAAUUUAAAACACCACGUAUUUGCCCACGCUAGCACUAUUUCCUGCAUACCAUUAUCCGAUAACGAUAAAAACUAUACGUAAAAAUUUCUCAGUCGUAAAUAAUCGGUUGUGGUCAUUAAACACACAUGCGGUUCUAACAAAGGUUUUUUUAUAUUAAAAAACUAUGCGUGUGGUAUAAAAGUGUGUGUGGGGCGUGAAUGAGGGUGAUUUGUGAUUUAGUAAGGAAAUUUCGCCGAAAAUACAGGCUUAAAAUGAGUGGAGUGAAUAAAGAAGCCCCGAUAGGCAUCCAGUGCUUGCAACGGCUCUCUGGUUGGUGCUGCCCGCGCUUGCAGAUCAACAGGCUACGAUGCUACCAGAUCUUCAUCCUCAUAUUGACAUACUUCACCUACAUGACAUACCACUUGACCCGCAAGCCGAUCUCCGUGGUGAAGAGCGUGCUGCAUCAGAACUGCUCGGGACUGGUUCCGCCACCAGAUGUGGACCCUAACGACGAGAAUUGGUGCAAUUGGGCACCUUUUAAUACGACGGACGCCAACACGCUGCUGGGCGCGUUGGAUUCCGCGUUCCUUUUCACGUACGCCGGCGCCAUGUUCGUUUCCGGCAUGGUAGCAGAGCGUGUGGACCUUCGUUACUUCCUCUCCCUAGGAAUGCUGUUCUCGUCCAUAUUUUGCUACUUAUUCGGAGUCGGGAAAACAUACGGCAUACACAAUAUAUCGUACUACUUACUUGUACAGGCUGGGGCGGGUAUAUCACAAACUACAGGGUGGCCGGGCACGGUGGCCAUCGUCGGGAAAUGGUUCGGCAACAGCAAGAAAGGGCUUAUAUUUGGCAUUUGGAACUCGCACACCUCACUAGGAAAUAUACUCGGAACGCUCAUAGCAGACCGUUUCGUGGAACAAGAUUGGGCGUUGUCCUUCAUCUACCCCGCCGUCGUCAUGGGGGUAGUUGGAACCUUAGUUUUCUUAUUCCUGGCCCCGGAACCCAGGAUGGUGGGCAUCGUGCUGCCAGAGAGAGUGCCGUCAAGUCGGCAGUCUCGACGAUCUUCGGAAGAUGACGCGCCGUCCCAAGUCAUCGUCGGCGAUCAGGCGGCGAGCCUCCGCCCUAACCGGCACUCCGCCAACAGUCAGCCGGAGCCGACGGAGUCGACAUCUCUCCUCGGUUCUGCUCGCACCGACCAUUCACCGCCUGGUGCCGUCUCGCUCUCGCGCGCACUACGCAUCCCCGGCGUGGUGGAGUUCUCUCUGUCUCUGUUCUUCGCGAAGCUCGUCAGCUACACCUUCCUAUAUUGGUUGCCGCUCUACAUUAAUACGUCUACGAACCUCACACCCACGCAGUCGGGCGACCUGAGCACGGCGUUCGACGUGGGCGGCAUCACGGGCGCCAUCCUGGCCGGCCUGGUGGCCGACUGCACCGGAUGUCCGGGUGUCGUGUGUGCUUGCUUCUAUGUGCUGUGCGCGCCCACGCUGAUGGCAUAUCAAGCGUGGGGUGCCUCCUCGUACAUCCUCAACGUGAGCCUGCUGCUGGCGGCCGGGGUGCUGGUGAACGGGCCCUACGCGCUCAUCACCACGGCCGUGUCGGCGGAGCUGGGUACUCACAGUAGCCUGGCGGGCAACGCGCAGGCGCUUGCUACCGUGGCCGCCAUCAUCGACGGCACCGGCAGUGUGGGCGCUGCCCUCGGCCCGCUGCUAGCCGGCGUGGUGUCGUCCGGCGGCGCGGCGUCGUGGCCGCGCGUGUUCUACAUGCUCAUCGCCUGCGACUGCCUCGCGCUGUUCCUGCUGCUGAGGUACAGUAGUGUUACUGUUAUUGUGUUCUACAUGCUCAUCGCCUGCGACUGCCUCGCGCUGUUCCUGCUGCUGAGGUACAGUAGUGUUACUGUUAUUGUGUUCUACAUGCUCAUCGCCUGCGACUGCCUCGCGCUGUUCCUGCUGCUGAGGUACAGUAGUGUUACUGUUAUUGUGUUCUACAUGCUCAUCGCCUGCGACUGCCUCGCGCUGUUCCUGCUGCUGAGGUACAGUAGUGUUACUGUUAUUGUGUUCUACAUGCUCAUCGCCUGCGACUGCCUCGCGCUGUUCCUGCUGCUGAGGUACAGUAGUGUUACUGUUAUUGUGUUCUACAUGCUCAUCGCCUGCGACUGCCUCGCGCUGUUCCUGCUGCUGAGGUACAGUAGUGUUACUGUUAUUGUGUUCUACAUGCUCAUCGCCUGCGACUGCCUCGCGCUGUUCCUGCUGCUGAGGUACAGUAGUGUUACUGUUAUUGUGUUCUACAUGCUCAUCGCCUGCGACUGCCUCGCGCUGUUCCUGCUGCUGAGGUACAGUAGUGUUACUGUUAUUGUGUUCUACAUGCUCAUCGCCUGCGACUGCCUCGCGCUGUUCCUGCUGCUGAGGUACAGUAGUGUUACUGUUAUUGUGUUCUACAUGCUCAUCGCCUGCGACUGCCUCGCGCUGUUCCUGCUGCUGAGGUACAGUAGUGUUACUGUUAUUGUGUUCUACAUGCUCAUCGCCUGCGACUGCCUCGCGCUGUUCCUGCUGCUGAGGUACAGUAGUGUUACUGUUAUUGUGUUCUACAUGCUCAUCGCCUGCGACUGCCUCGCGCUGUUCCUGCUGCUGAGGUACAGUAGUGUUACUGUUAUUGUGUUCUACAUGCUCAUCGCCUGCGACUGCCUCGCGCUGUUCCUGCUGCUGAGGUACAGUAGUGUUACUGUUAUUGUGUUCUACAUGCUCAUCGCCUGCGACUGCCUCGCGCUGUUCCUGCUGCUGAGGUACAGUAGUGUUACUGUUAUUGUGUUCUACAUGCUCAUCGCCUGCGACUGCCUCGCGCUGUUCCUGCUGCUGAGGUACAGUAGUGUUACUGUUAUUGUGUUCUACAUGCUCAUCGCCUGCGACUGCCUCGCGCUGUUCCUGCUGCUGAGGUACACUAGUGUUACUGUUAUUGUGUUCUACAUGCUCAUCGCC